AUGAACCGAUUCAGGAACAAGAAGAAGGCCAAGGAUGAGCUCGAAGCUCCACGGCCUUCGAUCGAAUCCGAGUCUUCCAGCCCCUUCAGGAUGUUCGGAAAAAAGAAAGCUCCUGAGGAGGAAUCCAAAAUGGAAAUCGAUCUAGCCACAGCCCUGCCUUCAACAGAUGAUUUUCGAACCAGUCUUCUCAUGACUAACUUGUCAGCAAGAUUCUCUAUGCUGCGCGAGCAAGAUGAUCCCAACACCAAGGUCGGCAAGGCAAGUGACGACAGUGUUCUGUUUCCUAACAGACAAUCAAGAAUGAUGGACUUCGGCUUCUCCGCUGGGCUGGGAGAUAUUGCUGAAGUAGAGUCCAUCCGAGCCCCUUUUGCACGCUCAUCUAUGCAGUCAAACGACGACGCCACUUCAACAAACGGAAGUGUCAUGGGCCGCUCAAAGCCGAUUGAAGGAAAUAACUUGUUUGGAGGUCGGCAAAAGGUGUACAAGAUCGGUACGGGCGGAAACAAGGGGGCUCUGAGUGGCCGUGUCCUCUACGGGGACGAUGUCUCCCAGUCAGCUUUCCAAAAGUGGCGACAGUCUGAGAAGGAUAGACAGUCAUUCGAUGACGUGCGAAAAAGUGAAUCAUUUGAGUCCGAGAAUGCUCGGCCAGAAUCUCCUUCACAAACCGACUAUGAUCGCAAAAGAGAGACAAACUCAACAACUUCCUCAGGCCCGUCCGCAGCUCGAGACUCGACCGCAGCUACGUCUAUAAGCUCCUCUCAGCCAUCAUCUGCAAUGGAUCGAGAGUCUUUCGCACGCACAUCUCGCACUGUUAGCCCGGCACCUCCAGUAGAGCGCACAGUAACUCGGACUCGUCGACUAUACGAGCAAAGUCUGAACCAGGAGCUCCAAGACCAGCAAACAUCAGCACUUUCAAGGAUUGACACAUUGUCGAAGCGCAACCUUGGCAGCAGAACACCAGACUUGACACCUCCAGUUGCCUCUCCGUCCAGUGCAACAUUCGGUGAUCGUUUUAUGUCUCGAUCCGUCUUGGCUAAGGCCAGUGCUCCUAACCUGCGAUCGUUCAGUCCCCCAUCCUCAUCUCAAAUGAGUCCCGUGGAGUCCACAAAUAAGUUUCCCAGUAUGGACCAAAAGGCCUUUGGUGCUACACCUCCUCUUAGCCCCCCUAUUAGUGAGACCGGGGAAGCCCAGCACCUGGACCGCAACAUGAUUAGCAGUGCACUGGGAGGUCAAUAUGACGAGUCUAGGUACGCUCAAAGGCAAAUGCAGAUGCAACGAGGACGUGAAACACCUACCAACCGAUUCCGUACCGACUCCAAUGCUUCAGAUCCUCGUUCCCGGUCCUCCUCUGCCCAACGGCCACACUCGGACAGGAACGACUCUGGAUUAUUCAAGACUGAACCUACUGUCCGGGAAGACUCACAGCCUUCGACCUUCUUCGACGACGACGACGAUGACCAAUCGGCUAUCAAUGAGUCGCGCCGUUCCGAUCUUGCUCCUCCUCAGGUUACUGUCGACAAACCAGCUGAUAUCCAGCAUCCAGCAUUUAGACACUCUGCAAUGCCAACCCCGUUAUUGAUUAGUGAUGAACCUGGGGGUGCAGCAAUCGGCACCACAGACGAAUUGCCAAAUGAUUCACCCACUUUGGGACCGGCUUCUGGAGGAUUGAGCGGUAUGGUCAGGCAGCACCUGCGACACGAUAGCGGUGCGUCUUCCAUCUAUGGGAGCGUACCGAAUGAUGUUGACCUGUCCGCGCGAUUCCCGCCUGAACGCCCCGACGCACACAUCCAUGAGCCAAAGACAGUUGAAUCGAAUGCUUGGGAGUCAAUUGAGAGAGACCUAGCUCUGUCGAUCGAUGGUAGUGUGACUAGUCCCACCCGAUCUUCUGGCUUGAUGGAAGCCCAAGCAUUGCCUGGGCCCGAUUUCGCUCAAAACAUAAAGGACAACGCUAGUCCCAAGCAAGAGGAAGAGACAGACGAUUUUGCCCGUCAUCUUGCUGAUGGAGCACGACGCGUGAGAGAAAGACUCACUUCAUUUGUUGAAGCGGAUAGUAGCAUUUCCACACCGGAAAGUCCUCCUCUGUCUGAGCUGCCUCCCCCACCUCGUCCAAACGCAUUGGGCAUCUUGAAGUCCAAAUCUAGUCGUGGCUCCUUGGUUGAUAGGGGUCGAUCCGACAAAGAGCAUGGUGGCCAGUCGAAAGCCAAGAAGCUACUUGGUCUUCGAGGCUCAUCACCAGCUACAAAUGCGACUUCAUCCCGUCGUGGCUCGUUCGAGCUGAACGAUAGAUCAGCACAGUCUCCGGAGGAACCUGAAGAGAUGCACGGAUCAAGAGAUUCGGAAGAUAAAGAGGGUAUUCAUGUCGGCCUCAAGGCUUUCCGACAAGCCCGCAGAGAACUCCAGAGGAUGAAAGAACUCGAAGUUCAACAAAGAUACCAGGGUCCACCACCGGCGCCUACUUCAUCGGGCAGAGAACGAGCUCAAACUGCUGCCUCCUCGUCUCGACCACCGUCUCAAGAACGCAGACCACCUCCCGUUACGUACAACCGUGUACCCAGUGAAGAAGCCAGAGCCAAUGGUGGCUCUCGCGCUGGUUCUCGGUCUGGAUCGCGAGCACCUUCUGAACGCGACCGAAGUGGUUCAGAGGCAAGCAAUGGUGGUCGAUCUGGUAGUCGUCCACCCCGUCUGAGAAAUGGAUCCGUUCCCCGCGAUGACUAUCAUGGUCCCAUGGGAUCACCCGCUGGACCCAAUGGCAAGCCUCGCCAGGGCCCGAUGAUGCGAGCCCCAAUGAUGCCUGGACAAGACAUGCGACGAUCACCCCAUAUGCAACCCCAACAGUACCCUGGCAACGUCUCACCCGGACGUUUCAACCGUCCAGACAACAGCUUGCAUAUCCAGCCUGUGCAUGGACAUAACUCAGGACAGCCAUCACCGAUCUCACCACUCAACGGUGCUCCAUCGCCUCAUGGGGGUUCAUCUCCUUAUGGCUUUCCUGGUCCCCAGAGAUCGUAUGGCCCUCCCCACCCGGGCGGCAUGAUGCGCAAUCGAGAUAUGUCGGAGACUUCAAUCAAGUCAUUACCUCCCCAAAUGGGUUAUCGGGAUGGUCUUAGACCUGGCCCUGUCGGCCUUAACAGUGGCGCAGUGUCAACGCCUGACCUACAUGGCAGCAUGACUGCCCCUCCGUUGCCCCCUAUUAACCCCCGACGAAAGAACACCGGAACUGCGCUCGGAGAUGCUACAAUGAACGCCCAUCAUCUUCCUCCUGGUUCUGCCAUUGGCAACGACUCACGCGGAGCCCCUCGAAGCGAUGACGAAGAUAGUGCUGGCCUCUAUCGCCAGAGGUUGCGCAAAGCCACCAGCGAAGCAAACGGGAUGAACGCACGAGCGAGAUCGAUGCAUCAAGCCCCUCCCCCGCCAAUGGCUCCUCCGCCUCUGCCUCCUAGCAUGAGCAGUAACGCAGUUCCCGGAGGCAUGAUCUAA